CCGUCCCGGGCGGAGGCGGGCGUGCGGCGGAGCCGCGUCCCCUCAGAGGGGCGCUGGCGCGGGGCUGAGCCGCCCGGGAUCAGCGCGAGCACCCAGCCCGCCUCGGCCGGGAGGGCAGCGCGGCACGGCGGGGCGAUGAGCGGCGCCCGGGGCGAGGGCCCGGAGGCGGGCGCCGGCGGGGCUGGGGGCCGCGCGGCGCCGGAGAACCCCGGGGGCGUGCUGAGCGUGGAGCUGCCCGGGCUGCUGGCGCAGCUGGUGCGGAGCUUCGCGCUGCUGCUGCCCGUGUACGCGCUGGGCUACCUGGGACUCAGCUUCAGCUGGGUUCUCCUCGCGCUCGCGCUGCUCGCCUGGUGUCGCCGCAGCCGCGGCCUCAAGGCCCUGCGCCUGUGCCGCGCGCUGGCGCUGCUGGAAGACGAGGAGCGCGCCGUGCGCCUGGGGGUGCGCGCCUGCGACCUGCCCGCCUGGGUUCAUUUUCCAGACACUGAAAGAGCAGAAUGGCUAAAUAAGACUGUAAAACACAUGUGGCCUUUCAUUUGCCAAUUUAUAGAGAAGUUGUUUCGAGAAACUAUAGAACCAGCCGUGCGGGGAGCAAACACCCACCUUAGCACCUUUAGUUUCACGAAGGUCGACGUGGGCCAGCAGCCCCUCAGGAUCAAUGGUGUUAAGGUAUACACUGAAAAUGUAGACAAAAGGCAAAUUAUUUUGGACCUUCAGAUUAGUUUUGUAGGAAAUUGUGAGAUUGAUUUGGAGAUCAAACGAUAUUUUUGUAGAGCUGGUGUGAAAAGUAUCCAGAUUCAUGGUACCAUGCGGGUGAUCCUGGAACCGUUGAUUGGAGAUAUGCCCUUAGUCGGAGCUUUGUCUAUCUUCUUCCUUAGGAAACCACUUUUAGAAAUUAACUGGACAGGACUGACGAAUCUUCUGGAUGUCCCUGGAUUGAAUGGUUUAUCAGAUACUAUCAUUUUGGAUAUAAUAUCAAACUAUCUGGUGCUUCCCAAUCGAAUCACCGUUCCACUUGUCAGUGAAGUUCAAAUAGCUCAGUUGCGGUUUCCUGUACCAAAGGGUGUUCUAAGGAUACAUUUUAUUGAAGCUCAGGAUCUUCAGGGGAAAGACACUUACCUUAAGGGACUUGUCAAGGGAAAGUCAGACCCUUAUGGAAUCAUUAGAGUUGGCAACCAAAUCUUCCAAAGCAGAGUCAUCAAGGAGAACCUCAGUCCAAAGUGGAAUGAAGUCUAUGAGGCUUUAGUGUAUGAACAUCCUGGACAAGAAUUAGAGAUUGAGCUCUUUGAUGAAGACCCAGACAAGGAUGACUUUUUAGGAAGUCUUAUGAUUGACCUCCUUGAAGUUGAAAAGGAGCGCCUUUUAGAUGAAUGGUUCACUCUGGACGAGGUUCCCAAGGGGAAGCUACACUUGAGACUGGAGUGGCUCACGUUAAUGCCAAAUGCGUCAAACCUCGAUAAGGUGCUAACAGACAUCAAAGCUGACAAAGACCAAGCCAACGAUGGUCUUUCCUCUGCAUUGCUGAUCUUGUACUUGGAUUCAGCAAGGAACCUUCCGAGUAACCCAUUAGAAUUUAACCCCGAUGUCUUGAAGAAGACUGCAGUUCAGAGAGCUUUAAAGUCAGGGAAGAAAAUAAGCAGCAACCCAAAUCCUGUUGUCCAGAUGUCAGUUGGGCACAAGGCCCAGGAGAGCAAGAUUCGAUACAAAACCAAUGAGCCUGUGUGGGAGGAAAACUUCACUUUCUUCAUUCACAAUCCCAAGCGCCAGGACCUUGAAGUUGAGGUCAGAGAUGAGCAGCACCAGUGUUCCCUGGGGAACCUGAAGGUCCCCCUCAGCCAGCUGCUCACCAGUGAGGACAUGACUGUGAGCCAGCGCUUCCAGCUCAGUAACUCGGGUCCAAACAGCACCAUCAAGAUGAAGAUUGCCCUGCGGGUGCUCCAUCUCGAAAAGCAAGAAAGGCCUCCAGACCACCAACACUCAGCUCAAGUCAAACGUCCCUCUGUGUCCAAAGAGGGGAGGAAAACAUCCAUCAAAUCUCAUAUGUCUGGGUCUCCAGGCCCUGGUGGCAGCAACACAGCUCCAUCCACACCAGUCAUUGGGGGCAGUGAUAAGCCUGGUAUGGAAGAAAAGGCCCAGCCCCCUGAGGCCGGUCCUCAGGGGCUGCACGACCUGGGCAGAAGCUCCUCCAGCCUCCUGGCCUCCCCAGGCCACAUCUCAGUCAAGGAGCCCACCCCCAGCAUCGCCUCGGACAUCUCGCUGCCCAUCGCCACCCAGGAGCUGCGGCAAAGGCUGAGGCAGCUGGAAAACGGGACGACCCUGGGACAGUCUCCACUGGGGCAGAUCCAGCUGACCAUCCGGCACAGCUCGCAGAGAAACAAGCUUAUCGUGGUCGUGCAUGCCUGCAGAAACCUCAUUGCCUUCUCUGAAGACGGCUCUGACCCCUAUGUCCGCAUGUAUUUAUUACCAGACAAGAGGCGGUCAGGAAGGAGGAAAACACACGUGUCAAAGAAAACAUUAAAUCCAGUGUUUGAUCAAAGCUUUGAUUUCAGUGUUUCGUUACCAGAGGUGCAGAGGAGAACGCUCGACGUUGCCGUGAAGAACAGCGGCGGCUUCCUGUCCAAAGACAAAGGGCUCCUUGGCAAAGUAUUGGUUGCUCUGGCAUCUGAAGAACUUGCCAAAGGCUGGACCCAGUGGUAUGACCUCACGGAAGAUGGGACGAGGCCUCAGGCGAUGACAUAGCCGCACCAGGCAGGAGAGGUCCUCUUCAGCGUAGCUCUCCACCUCCACCCGGAACACACCCUCUCACAGACAUACCAAUGUUAUUUUUAUAAUUUCAUGGAUUUAGUUAUACAUACCUUAAUAGUUUUAUAAAAUUGUUGACAUUUUAGGCAAAUUUGGCCAAUAUUAUCAUUAAAUUUUCUGUGUUGGAUUUCCUCUAGGAUUUCGCCAGUUCCUACAACGUGCAGUAGGGCGGCGGUAGCUCUUGUGUCUGUGGACUCUGCUCAGCUGUGUCCGUAGGAGUCGGAUGUGUCUGUGCUUUAUUAUGGCCUUGUUUAUAUAUCACUGAGGUAUACUAUGCCAUGUAAAUAGACUAUUUUUUAUAAUCUUUACAUGCUGGUUUAAAUUCAGAAGGAAAUAGAUCAAGGAAAUAUAUAUAUUUUCUUCUAAAACUUAUUAAAUUCGUGUGACAAAUAAUCAUUUUCAUCUUUGCAGCAAAAAGUUCUCAGUGACCUAUUUUGUGGUGUUUCUUUUUGAAAAGAAAAGCUGAAAUAUUAUUAAAUGUUAGUAUGUUUCUGCCCAUUAUGAAAGAUGAAAUAAAGUAUUCAAAAUAUUAACAUUUUCAUAAAUAGAAGGAUGUAUUAUUGAGAAGUAAGUUGAAGGGCUUAUAAGGAAAAAUGUUUUAUAACUGAGUAAUAUAAGAUAUUAAGAGAAUUGUCAUGGUUCAUAAAUCACAUUGUGCUAAUCUGAAAUUUCUUACAUAAAAAUGAAAUGUCUUAUGUUUAUUUUAAUUGCUGUUGUAACUUACUUAUGAAACAGUAUACAGACACCUUGUACUUUUCCUCAACUGUAAGAGCAGACUUUCAAUGUUAGCAAUUAAGCUGUUGUCAAACAAUCAGUCAUGAGCUUUGUUAAUUUUCAAUGUUUUCCCAGCCUAUAAAAAAGGAAGGUACACAUUGUCCUUUUAAAGGUUGUGAGGUAGAUUGGGGUGAGUAGACAGGAUAUUGCAUUAAAAAUUGAAAGCUCAAUCUCAUUAUUGUCAGGAACCCCCAGUGUGACCUCACACAUAGGAUGUGGGACCUUUGAGCCGAUGUGCACUGGCCACCACCAGGGUUGGGGUCGCCACAGCUGCGAGCCCGGCCCCUGCUGUUCUCAGCAGCCGCUUCCCAGGCUGCCUCACUUUAUGCCAUGACUGACCUUAAUAUUGGGAUAUUGUUAUGCAAUUUUUAUCCUGUUUAGACUGUUAAAAGCAGGUUUCUGUACUUAAGAGUCUCCCAGACCUCCUGUGAGGUGAGGCUCUGUUGCAGUGUCAUAGGCUGUGUGUGUCUGUAAAGAAAGAAUGCACAUAUGUAGACGAUUAAGUGUAUAUUAUAAGCUAUAUGCUGAAAAUGGCUUCCAUAGCCAUGAGAACAUCUUAAAACUAUGUAUAAAUAUAUUAAGGAAAGUAUAGCUUUGUAAUUUAAAUUGGAACUCUUAGCUUGUUUCAUGGAACUAUACAACUUGUGGGUAAAACUCACAUGACCAAACAAACCAAAGUGCCUGUGACGGGGCGGGUGGCGUCUCCCCACCCUCCCUUCUAGCAGAUUCUUAUUUUGUUUGAAUUUAUAAACAAGGCUGGUGGCUGUCUACCCACCCUCCCUUCUAGCAGAUUUUGAUUUUGUUUCAAUUUAUAAACGAGGCCGGUGGCUGUCUACCGACCCUCUCCCUUCUAGCAGAUUUUGAUUUUGUUUCAAUUUAUAACUUACACUUUGAACCAUGGUUUUACUUAUAAUGGAGUCUGUAGCUUCACAGCAUAUUUCAUGUAAUCAUAAAGACCAGUUUAUUCUCUGCUGCUGAAUGACAUGCGACUGUAAAGCCUCUUUAUAAACCAUUUCCAAUGUUAGUAUAUAGGAUUAUUUGGGAAGCGUAUCAAUACCUUUAUAGACACAUACGAACGUAUAUGCACACAAAACAUUUAACUAUGGUAUUUAUGGAAGACAGGUAACAACAUUAAAUCUAGUUGCUUUCCCUUAGUAUUAGAUUUGUUGAGGGUUUUUUAAAAAUCAGGUCUGUUGAAAGUCUUCUGUCAUAAUCUAUAAAGCAGCAGCACUCAUGGAAAUUGUAGCAUGCCAGUAAUUUUUACCAACAUCCCAUACAUCUGAGUUCUGCAGUCCAGUGUGUAAUCCGCUCCAUGUGUAUUUUGCUUAAUGGAAUGCUUUAUUUAAGCACUUAGGCAGAGUAGAGACAAUUAAAGGUACAAAGCCCAGAGGAAGUGGUAGAGCAGCACUGCGCCUGCCCUGAGGCAGUGGAGUCAGUAGCGCUGUCUCCAGGGCCUUGAGUGCCUGGAGGUUCUUGGCCUCCAGUUGCUGUCUCCAUUCUCUUUAAAAAAAAAAGUGGGUGAUUCUGAGGCACUGAAGUACCUCCCAGAUGUGGAGGAGUGAAGCCACCAUUGAGGCCACACUCAGCACUCCAGGAUCCCAGCGAUGUCAGACACUCUUGAGUUGUCAAAACGUUAAUUUUCAGUUUUAAAUAAUCAGUUUAUCUAAGAAAAGGGAAUUUUAACUUUUCUACCUUGAGCCAAGCCAAUGAAGGGAAAAUUAACUUAGUAAAGUUGAAGUGCAGCUCUGUUAGCUCGUACAUGUGGGUUCUUAUUGCUGAUCCUGUGCCUUAAAGUAGGAAGGUGUUUCCAAGUUCAGAUUAAAAUAGAAGCAGCUGACCGGGUGCGGUGGCUCACGCCUGUAAUCCCAGCACUUUGGGAGGCCAAGGCGGGCGGAUAACCUGAGGUCAGGAGUUCAAGACCAGCCUGGCCAACAUGGAGAAACCCCAUCUUUACUAAAAAUACAAAAAUUAGCCGGGCGUGGUGGUGGAGCGCACGCCUGUAGUCCCAGCUACUCGGGAGGCUGAGGCAGGAGAAUCGCUUGAACCCAGGAGGCGGAGGUUGCAGUGAGCCAAGAUCGCACCACUGCACCCAGCCUGGGCAACGGAGUGAGACUCCGUCUCAAAAAAUAAAUAAAACAGAAGCAGCCUUGUAACUGUAUUUACCAUGAUAAUAUAUUCUGCACGGUAAGAAUUCCUUUUACAGACAUUCUCUAUCAAGAGGUCGGCCCUUCUUUUUCAGGCACGUAAGCCAAAUGCAGGCCUGUGUGUAGCUGUGUGUUUUUUCUGUGCUUGCUGCAUUUAUUCCGCCUCCAGCUGGACCCCCCACUGCAAAUAGAGAACAGCGGUGGGGGUGGGGUUUAAAAAGUAGAGAACGUCCUUUCUGUUCAACUAAUUUCACAUGGCAGUGCAUGUAUUUAGUCAAUAAAACUUUUAUGUUAGCUCA